CGCGGCUCCCGCGCAUUGAAACGACGCGUUCCACGACCGAUCGGACAUGUCGGCAUACCAUGCGCGGUCCGCCAGCAACAACACAUGUGUAAAGAAGCAAGACGCGUUCGAUCUGUCCAUGUUUGCUCCACCUACGUCGCCAACACCUCAAGACGACGACGACAGCAUCCACGGGAUGCGCAACUACGCGAUUGGACCUCGCAUCCAACGCUCGAUGAGCGCGCCGCCUAUGGCAGAGAACGUUGGUCGUCUCCCGCCACCUAUGUAUGCUCAAAGCGAAUAUGCCGAGUCGCCAGCAGAUGCGAGUAUGAGUCCACCUGAGUACUACUAUUACUAUGCGCCCAAGUCCCACAAUCCACGCCUGCCCAUCUCGUACAACAAUUGGGAAGCGAUGCAAAGGCAACAUUACGCGCGCCACACAACAUCCACCUUGCACCGCGUCCAAAUAUCAGAGCGCCGGCGGGGUGGAAGUGAAGAAUCCACAGAUAGCCAGGCGAGGUUGUCAUCGAACAAAGACUUCGAAGCCGCCGUUGCAGCGGCUGGUGGUCAUUCCCUGCACCACUUUGUCUCAAAUCAAGACGCAGAACACCAUCAUGCACACUGCUUGUCUCCCACCGACUCAUCCGACAGUAAUUCUUCGUCAUCCGUUCGACCAGUCAACAAGACGCUCAUUGAUCGGAUUCAAGAAGAUUUUCCGCGAACCCCGUCCCCUGUAUUUGGAUACACACCAGCAACGUUGGAAGUUUCCCAAGGCACUAUAUUUCCUGACUUGGGGGGGAUUCCUGACGUGAAAGAACUUCCUCCCGACUUCCUCCAAAACAUGAAGCGGCUGAAUUUGUCACAUGGUCGUGACAAUGGCAGCCAUUUUAGCUCCAAGACCAGAAGCAAUUCAUUCUUGUUUCCACCUGGCUCGAUGCUUCCUCCACCGGGAAUGAUGCCACAUCCUCACCACAGUCAGUAUCCCAUGUAUUUCGGCCGAUAUCCUCGUGGGGGAGGCGUGCCAUUUAUGGAACAUCACAUGAGCCACCGACAGUACAUGGAUUCGUACGACGCUCAAAUUGGGGAUCCUUCUUCGAGACCAGAUAUUCGAUUGUUGCCACUACCUCACAACUAUGACUACGACAAACCUUUGUACACCGGGUGCUAUAUUGCUCCGUCACAGCAUGAAGCCAGACUCUAUCACCAGCGCGGAGCUGCGGCGUGGGAUGCUGUUCAAGAAGCCUGUGACAACAGCACCUCAGAUCACCAUGUAGAACCGGAAGGGUUUGCACCACAUUACCAACGCAAUCACAUCCAAGUGCAGCCAUCGGUCAUGCGUGCCAAGGCAAAAACAUGUCCAGGGAUAUCAGUGCCCCAGCAAGGUGCUCCGCAGCACUCGCAGCAACGCAGCGUCCUCCUUGAAGACUUUGACUUUAGAACCAUGACAACUUCCAAGCCGAGCAAGUGGGAACUCGUUGACGCGCGUGGCCACAUUGUUGAAUUUUCGAAAGACCAGCACGGCAGUCGGUUCAUUCAGCUCAAACUCGAGACAGCGAAGCCAGACAUUAAGGACAUUGUGUUUAGCGAGGUGGCACCAGUGGCACUGCAACUCAUGACGGACGUGUUUGGCAACUACGUGAUCCAAAAGUUCUUUGAUCAUGGCAACCCACAACACAUCACGCAGCUUAUGCGAGUCAUUCAAGGUCACAUGUUGGACUUGGCGCUGCACAUGUAUGGAUGUCGAGUCAUUCAGAAAGCGCUCGAAUCCACCGACGACUUGGACCUCAAGCUCGAUUUGAUCUGCGAAUUGCAAGGCCACGUGCUACACUGCAUCAAGGACCAAAACGGAAACCACGUGAUUCAAAAGUGCAUUGAAAUACUUCCGUGGAAAGUUCCGUCGGUUGUCGAAGACAUGUCCCGUGCAUCGUUUCUGCUCGAGUCGUUUGAGAACAAUGUGGACACCAUGUCGACCCAUCCAUACGGGUGCCGCGUCAUCCAACGCGUGCUUGAGAAGUGCUCGGACGAGCAAAUGGCACCAAUAUUGCGCGAAAUCCAAGACUCGUAUGGCCUGUUAGUCAACGACCAAUACGGCAACUACGUGAUACAACACGUUCUGCAGCACGGUCCGCCGUCACAACGGACAGCGCUCAUCAAUCGCAUCUACCCUGACAUUAUCCGGUUCUCGUACCACAAGUUUUCGAGCAACGUGAUUGAAAAGUGCUUGUCGUAUGCGUCCGUGAAACAGCUCCGCGUGAUCAUGCACCACAUUCUGAACAGCUCCGACAAUGGCGAGUGUCCGCUCCAAAUUAUGAUGAAGGACCAGUACGCCAACUACGUCGUGCAGAAGCUCAUCGACGUGGCCGACUCGACCGAGCGCGACAAGAUGGCGGCUAUCAUCAAGUCCCACGCUGCCAACCUCAAACGGUAUACGCAUGGCAAGCACAUCCUGAACCGCCUCGAGAAGCUCACGGGUCAGAAAAUCAUUUAACGUUCACUUGCAAUUAUUAACAUAACUCAGUUCUUUGGUCACCUCA